AUGGCCCAGCAAUUUUUGCAUAAACUUAUGCUCUUAUUCGUCUUAACUUCACUACUAUCAGGAUAUGUGAUGGAUAAAGUGAGUGGAGAGAUAUGCGUUAUAGGACUAGGAGAGUGUGGGAAAGAUUGUGAAGAAAGGUGUACACAAAUGCAUCAAGGAAAUCAGAGUCAUGGGGAGUGUGAUUAUAGCCUGAAGCCACCACUAUGCAGUUGUUAUUACGAUUGCACUCCGCCUUCGCCUCCACCUCCGCCGCCGCCAGCAAAAAAAUGCCAUGAAAACGACGGUAUAUGCAGCCAAGAGAGCUGUGAUGAUGAGUGCUGUAUGGCUAAGUGCAAGAACAAGUUCUAUGGAGAAAGUGAGGUACUAGGGAUAUGUCAAGAGAUUGUAGGGGCUUCUUAUAGACUUUGUUUAUGCGAGUAUGAUUGUUGA